UAACUUGUUUCUAGAUACGAAAUCAUAAACGGAAACAGGCAAAUUACUACCGGAGCAUUCCUAACAACAAAAGCAAGACCAAUAAUUAAGAAAACUUCUUACCCCUCGAACUUGAAGCAUGGCAGAAUCGAUGGAAAUGGUAGACCAGUGCCAAUCGGUCACGCCUCCGGAGGUUCUGAAUACGAAGUACAAACCGAUCUCAGACCCUAGCCUUCUUCCAAAAAAACGAUCCCAGAUUCCCGGUGCGUGCUCCAACCUCGUCAAUUCCAUUGUCGGUGCUGGAAUAAUUGGGAUUCCCUUUGCCCUCCAGCAGAGCGGCCUGGUCAGCGGCAUUAUACUGCUGUUGCUGGUGGGUUAUUUCACCGACAAGUCCCUGCGCAUGCUAGUGAAUCUGGCGACCUCGAGUUCUAGUCUCAGAGGCAAGGGUGUGUGGACAUACGACGAUUUGAUGCGCCUCCCUUUUGGGCCUCCGGGAAGAACYUUUGUCUUGGUGAGCAUGUUUGUCACGGCCUAUGGGGCAAUGGUUGCCUACUUGCUGAUCAUCAAAGACACUCUACCAGUCGUCUUGGGCCUGGUAGACGACGGUGACUCUAGCGUUGGUGGAUUUCUUGAACGGGAGCUCAUAAUGAUCGUCACGAGCUUGGUAGUGGUGGUUCCCUUGUCCAUGCAACGAGAUUUUUCCUCCCUAGCCUUCACCUCGAGCAUCAGCGUGACGGCAGAUAUGAUUUUGGUAGUCUUUGUUGCAGCUUUUGCGCCUAUCCAGGAGACAGUAUCGGCAGCGGGAGGUUUUGGUGAAGUCAUUAAGAACUCUAUCAUCGACAAGGGUUUUUUCAUUGGAUUUGGCGUUUUGACGGUUGCUAUGUGCUGCCAGCAUUCGGCCUUCAUUGCAGCUUCGUCUCUCGACAAUCCRACGCCUAAGCGUUGGUCCGUCGUCACUGCCGUAUCGUUGACGAUCUCGGUAGUCUGUUGCCUUGUUCUAGGUGUUUCGGGUUAUCUUGGAUUCUUGGAUGACACCCAAGGAGAUAUCCUCAACAAUUUUGGGGUAGAUACGGUCGUCGCCAAUACGGCAAGAGCCCUGCUGGCUCUGACCAUGUUUUUCACCUAUCCCAUGGAGGCCUUUGUGGCUCGGCAUGUUCUGGUACAGCUCUUGUGGAAUGGCGAUAUGGAUGGCUACAUUGUCGACACGGUGGCGAACGAGCAAACCGGGGAAGAAACAACCUCCCAGCGCAAGAGCAAAUGCUGCUAUGUGUUGAACAGAAGGCACCAAGUUACAUUCCUCAUUUAUUUAUUGACGUUGAUGCCGGCAUUGAUUGUAGACGAUCUCGGUCCAGUCCUUAGUAUAACGGGGGCGAUUGGUGGCUGCUGUCUCGCCUACAUUGGCCCGGGAUUGGUGUACCUGGGUAUUCACGGAGAUGACUUUAUAAACCGUUUGGCCAACAGAAUUCUGGCCUUGAAUACGAACAAGGCGUCGAGUUCAAAUGCUUCUGAAGUCGAUUUGCCGCUAGAGGGCGACGCCACAGCGCAAAUGUCGCCCGGKGGCAGAGCGGUCGAUCCCCGCCAAGUAUUUUCAACAGAAUACCUCUCUGGCUACCGAAAGCCCUGGUUUUGGUAUGUGCUGGGCAUGCCCCUAUUCGUAAAAAUCGCGUUGAAGGGAUCGAAUGGUUUGAGCGAGCGAYUGGCUGCUUUGGAUGGGGAACACCACAGACCAAACUCUCCCACAACACUCAGUKCAGAUAACUUGGGUACUAACGAUUCCCCUCCGGCAACCAUCAAUGACAACAAUGAGUGCAUUGUGGAACCCAGCCUUGUGGACUAUGGAUUUGCCAUGUUUUUCAUAGUCUUUGGAGCAAUUGCCCUGGUUGCGGGGGUUGCCUCKAAUGUUUACGUCCAAAUCAAUGGAAUCUUUAAUAUUCCUGCCUAACUAACUCUUCGUGGUUUGUCACCAUACUAGUUUUCUAUCCUUAUCCAUCAGAAACUGCAAUUGUUAGAGAAAGUCUGAAUUUUUCGUAAGRUUCAGCUCUCGUAUAGGGGCACGAAAAACCAAUGUCUUGUGUGAUAUAAUUCACCAGGUGAUCGGAAACAUCUAUCGAAGAUUCUGAAGCAAAUGUUAGAUGUAAGGCAAAUCGCAUUGUUUUAAUACUAAAUUAGGAUUCGACGAAUUAAAAUUCAAACGAGUGUAGGUUUGGUGCUCAAAAUUUUGUUCCGUCACAACCCAAUCGAUACAUCCCAAAUUCGACUGAAUGGAUCGAAGAGGAAUAAUGUCAUGAUUCGUCUCAUCAUGAAAUGAAUCAAUCGUUUAUUUCUUCAGGUGGUACUUGGACCAGUACUCGGAAUUAGCGCGUGAC